AUGAAUUUUAAAGUUUCCUUAGGGAUAUUAUUGACGGGAUUUGGUGUAAUUUCAACGUCAAUGCAUGUCUCGUUUCUUGGUAAUGACGUUGAAAGAGAAGUCUCCGAAUGUAAUCCGCUUGUUAUAGCACACCGAGGUGCAAGCGGUUAUGUUCCUGAACACACUCUCGGUUCCUACACACUCGCACUUAUUAUGGGUGCAGACUAUAUCGAACCAGACCUCGUGAUGACUCAGGAUGGAUAUUUAGUAAUUCGGCAUGACAAUGAAUUGGGGCAAACAACUGAUGUUGCAGAACACCCAGAGUUUGCAGACCGCCACAAGAAUAAAACUGUUGACGGAAUCGAAUUAACCGGAUGGUUCACUGAAGAUUUCAAUUUGACUGAAAUAAAAACUUUGCGUGCCAUUGAACGUAUACCAAAUAUAAGACCGGGCAAUGCUAGGAUGGAUGGCUCAUUCUCAGUAUUGACCUUCCAAGAGAUUAUAGAUCUAGCCAAAGAUUUUCAACACGUGCAAAAACGUGUCAUUGGCAUUUAUCCAGAAAUAAAACAUAGUACGCAUUUCCGACGCCUGGGAUUGCCCAUGGAGCAAUUAGUAGUGGAUACACUACAUAAAAAUGGAUACACUGGAUCUGAAUCACCGGUUUACAUACAAUCCUUUGAAGUAAACAACCUUAAAGAGCUUAAAAAUAUUACAGAUAUACGACUCCUACAACUGUACGAUGAAAAAUCCAUUCAACCAUUUGACCAACGGGAGCUUGGAACUGGUCUAACCUAUGGUGACAUGGCGACACCAGAAGGGCUAAAAGAAGUUGCCAAAUACGCUUAUGCCGUAGGUCCUGACAAGAGUUACAUUAUUCCUAGAGAUUCUAAUAAUAGACUUGAUAAAGAGACUAGUUUUGUAAAUGAUGCGCAUAAUGUAGGAUUAAAAGUACACCCUUAUACAUUCCGGGCAGAAAAUGCUUUCCUACCCGCAAAUUUUCAAAGUGAUAAUAAUGAUCCCGAUGCUAUUGGUGAUAUCAAAAGUGAAAUAGAAACAUUCCUCGCAGCUGGAAUCGAUGGUCUCUUCUCCGAUCAACCUGAUAUACCCGUUCGUGUUCGGGGCUCGUGUAACAAAUAG